AUGUUUCUGCUCAAUUUAGCAUUACUCGGCGUUGCUGCUGCGAUCCCCCUUUCCACCAACGCAUCUCGAGAAUCGCCUAUCCCAGUCGAAUACUACGGCGCUGGGCUCCCCGCUGGAAUCAAGUCGUUCAGUGCAGCAGGUUGGAAAGAUGCGACCUAUGGCCCAUCACGAGGAGGUCAAUCAAAAUGCGUAUCUGGCAUUCUCGAAGUCCAAGCCGGCACAACACACAACGCAAAGCUGUCUCCGGACAUGAUCCCGCAGAACCAGACGGCACUCACGGGCAUGAUUGUGUCGACAUUCACGCCACCCAUGAAGAUGCCGACUCCAGAGUUCACGACCGUUCAGUCGAUCUUCAAGAUCGGUGCCUCGCUCUGUGGACCGGCUGAUGCAUCAUCUCCUCCAGCUACUGUCGAGCUUCUCACGCAUGGCACCGGCUUCGAUAGAUUCUACUGGGACUUUGCAGCUGGCUACAGCUACGUCGACGCAGCCGUCGCAGCAGGCCAUUCUCGACCACCCCGACCCCUAAUCGUCCAAACCCCCAUCCAGCUCGAAAUUGCCCACAGUCUCAUCUCCCUCCUCCGAAAUGGCUCCAUCAGCUCGACCAAAUUCUCCAAAGUUAUCGCCGUUGGCCACUCCUUCGGCAGUGGCAUCGUCCAGGCUCUGAACGUCCACUACCCUACCCUCGUCGACGCUUCCAUCCUCACCGGCUUCGGCAUCAACUCCACCGCCGCUACGACUCUCGGCUUCGACCUGGGUGGGAACCCAACCAUCGCCUCGCUCGCUGACUCGCAGCGUUUCGGAGACCUCCCUCUAGGCUACAUGGUCCCCGCCUCCGCCCAAGGCAACCAAAUCCAAUUCUUCUCCUUGCCGGGCUUCGACCCCUCCAUCCUAACCCAAGUCAACGCACAAAAAGGCACUCAAGCCUUCGGCGAGCUCUUCUCACCUAUGAUCGGUGGCCCAGUCCCGAACAACUACACAUCUCCCGUGGCAGUCAUCAACGGACAGCAAGAUUUCCCAUACUGCAUGGGCAAUUGUAGCUUCCCGACCGACCAAGCUGCUGCGGUGAAAGGGGUGCUAUAUCAAGGGCUCGACCAGGGCAAGUUUGACAGUCAUUUGGUGCCGAACGCGGGUCACGGCUGGAAUUUGCAUUAUGCGGCUGAGAGCGGAUACGAGUGGAUUCAGAAGUUUUUGAGGGAUCAAGGGUUGUAA